AUGCUGCGCAUCGUCAUCGGGCGCUGCGCAGGCAAGGGCAGGGGCCUGGUGGCGACGGCCGACCUGGUGCCUGGGCAGCUGCUGCUGGUGACGCCGCCGAUUGCGUUGGUCGAGGGUGAUCUGGGUGACAUCCCAGAUCAUGAUGUGCUGCUCGAUGAAAUCACAUCGGGCCGCGUCCGUCUUGGCGCCUGGCAGGCCGCGUGGCUGGCGGCGCUCACCGCGGACGGCAGCACCAGCGAAAGCAGUGAGAGCGAUGGCAGCGGCGGCGGCGGCGGCGGCGGUGCGGCGGCGCUAAAACUACCUAGUCUGCUGGCCCCGCCUGUGGGUGCAGAGAAGAGCGGCGUUGGCGGCGGCGUCGGUGGCGGUGGCGUCGAGUUCCGGCAGCUGGGGAUGAGCGAGGAGCGGCUCCCCAACGCGGUCAACUACUGCCUGAGGGACGCAAUGGUCGUGCGCGCCGGGCGUCGCGUGGCUGCCGGCGAGGAGGUCCAGAUCAACUACCUGGGGCGCGGCGCGCUGCGGCCGCUGGGGCAGAGGCGCGCUGAGCUGGAGGGGGGCUACGGGUUUACAUGUGCCUGCGACAGAUGCUUGUCAGAAGAGCGCCUCACAACCGCUUCGCCGCUCGCCUUCGUUCGUGCGGAUGAGGCCGCGGGCGAUGCGGCCGGCAGCGCCAGCAGCGGGAACGGCGGCGGCGGCGGCGGCGGUGCUGACAGCGAGCGCGUGCUGGGAGAUAUUUUGGAACGGAUAUAUGAGGAUGUGGGGUCACGGCACGAGCCGCGAUUGGUGGCGCUCGCGCGGGGCGGGGACGGCGGCGGCGAGUUGGAAGGGGGCGCAGGAGAUGGCGGCGGCGCUGGCGGCACCCAGCCGCAGCAGCCGGAUCAGGAGCAGGAGGCCGCGGCGCGCAGGGAGGCGCUGCUGCUGUUUGCGGAUGACAUGAAACGCCGUUGGCGGGACCUACACGCAACACUGCCGGGUGCCCUCGCUAGUGACGAGCACAACAGCGGCGGCGGGGACGAAGCGGACGGCGGCGACGCAGCGACGGUCGCCGGCGCGGCCGCGUUCGAGCUGCUGAGCCUUGCUGCCGAGGCGCUCGAGGCGGCCGGCGCGCACGACGAGGCUGUGCUGCGCGAUCUCGCUCAGAUCUGCGCGGCGACGUGCCCCGGGAGCGAUCUGGCUCUGUUCCAGGCGCUGAGGCGUGCGAGCGUCGCGCAGCGGCGCUGGGCGGCGGGCGGCCGGGCGGUGGGGGCGGAUGGAGGUCCAGGGGGCGGGCAGGCGGAGGGCGCCGCGGACAGCGGCGAGGAGGUGGGGGCGCUGCGGCGGGCGCUGGGGGCGCGGUACGGGGAGGCGGUCGUGCGGGAUGGGGCGCUGAUGGAGCGCAUGAGCGCCGCGGCGAGCGAGGCCGCUGCGAUGGUGGCGUUUUAG